AUGGACGAAUUGAAAUCAAGUGUUCGCUUAGUAGCUGGUAUUUUUCUCUCAAUUUCCUUAAUUUCUUCCGUUCUUGCCUGUGCUGUCUGGGAAUUUCCAAGCCAUGAGCUAUCGAAGAAUGUUGUUUAUCUCGUUGGCGUCGGUGGUGGACUGCUUCUGAAUAUCGUUAUAUUCAUUUGUUUAUUCCGUGGAAUGGCUAACCAGAAUCCCAGCUACUUUUUGCCAUACAUAGUCUGCUCAUUCUUAAAUUUAACUAUAUGUCUGACACUGUCGGUUGUAUUCUGUUUGUCAUCUAUCCGCUCAUUUUAUUCUGGAAUAGCUCCAAUGGAUGCCGUAGCAUUCUUCGUUGUCUUACUUUGCUCAAUAUUUUGGUAUUGGAGCUUAAAAAUUGUAAAAAUUUAUCGUGAAUAUCUGACCAAGAUAUCCGGAAAACAUACUUUAUUUAAUAAUCCAGAAUUUGUGUGA